GAAGAAGAAACUAGCAGCACAGUACUUCCAACAUGGCAGGCAGUAAGUUAGUGUUAGAAGGUAGAGUCAGUGUAAAUGCGUUUAUUUUAGGGCUCAGCGUUGUUGUAAUCCCUCUAAUCCGAACUUGGUUUGGACAUUUUGACUGGGUCUUUGAUUAUCUGACGGAGACUCUGGGGAAAAUUGCGAUUUGUAUCCACAUUGCAGUUAUAAACGGCCUCUUGCUCAUCAUAUACAGGGGACCUCUUUAUAAGGUCGCUGUGAGAGCCUGCUUUCUAGGACUGACUUUCGGGUGCGGCUUAAUUAUAAGCUUUUCUGAAACCACCUGGAGACAUUUCGGCUGGUACAUGUGUUCCCUGUCAUUCUUCCAUUACUCUGAAUACCUGGUGACGGCUGUCAUCAACCCUCGAAGUCUCUCUCUGGAUUCAUUCCUGCUCAACCACAGUGUAGAGUACACUCUGGCUGCUGUCUCAUCAUGGAUUGAGUUCACUGUGGAGAAGCUGACAGUUCCAGAUGCACCGUGGUCCUAUGAACCUGGUCUCCAAAGCUCUUCUCAUGACACACUCCCUCUGGGUCCCAUGAAGUGCACGCAGUCCUUCCAUUCCACCGCCAAAGGCCCCACAUUCCCCGUGAAUACAGACGGCACUCCAUGGCAUCCCCAGCACCCCAGCGCUAGCAGCUGAUCGCAGGAACACACCAAUGGACGCAACGGCCGCUCCGCUGAACUCAACAACCAACAACACAGCCAAAAACAAAAAGUCCAGGAAAAAGCAAAAUAAAAACAGCACGAAAAGACCAAAAACCAUUUCACUGGUUCAAGGCACAGAAAAAAAACAAGUCUGCAAAAAAAACAACA